AUGAAUUAUCUUUUUAUAAUAAGCUCUUUGAUAAUAUAUUCAAUUUUUGGUGAAUUAAUAUUACUUACAAAUGGAGAUCAUUAUCAUGAGAUUUUUGAUAUUAACAAAUAUGAAUUUUUCACAGAUUGUGAUGAAUAACGUAUUUAAAUUUAGGAACAUAAAGUUAAUGAGUAAAUUUAAUUGUUAGAGAAAAACUAAAUAGAACAAGUAUUAUCUUAUUAUAUAAUUUAGAUUAUCUAUUACCCAAAUGAUUAGAAUACCAUACUCAUUUUAGAAAAAAUAGGUUAAAUUACAAUACUCUUUAAGGAUAAUCAAUAAUUCAAUUCUCCCUUUAAAGAAUUGGGAACACUCCAUUUAAAUACUAAAGGUUUACCUGAUUUUACUUGUAGUGAUAUGACUCAAUACUCUCUUAAUAUUUUCAUGGCUGUAUGUAAAUCAGAUAAUGAUAUUUACAUCUCUAAAAUUUAAUGUAUAGCUGAAGAUGAUAAAUAUUUAUCUGGUUGUUCUUCAUAACUCUACUUAGAUUCAGAUUAACUAAAUAAUUGUGAUAAUUUAAAUAUAAUUACUGAGAGUUCUUGGAGAAUCAAAGAACCUGAGUAUUUUAGUAUUUAUUGUUCAUCUUAAGAGAAUUUUCAACUAACAACACCAUUAUUAAUAGGUAAAUUUAAGAAUCAAGCUAAUUCUAUAUAAAUGGCUAGAAUUAUUAGUCCAAUUAAUGAAAUUGAAAAAAUAUCCUUUUUUGAUGACAAUACUCUUAUUAUAUUAGAUCAUAGAUCAGCUUUACAUGUAUAUAGAUUUGUGUUUACAGAUGAUGGUGAAAUUACUUAUGAAUAAUUACUAUGGUAAUUAUUUUUACCAAAUGAAUUAUUUUAUGCACUCAGCUACUCUCAUGAACAAUAUGCUAUCAGAUUCCCACCUAUAGGAAUCAUAGAGAAUGAUAUCUAAUAUAGUAUUGUUAUACUGAGUGAUCAUUUUAUAUAUGAGUUAGCUUUACCUUAAUAAUCUAAAGAUUUCUUCUUUACUACAUUACCAAUUAAUGAUAAAAUAAAUAUAAGGAAUAUUCUUAAAGAUAAGUAAAUCAAAAAGGGAUAAAUUCAAUAUGAUGAAUAAUUUUAUUAUGUAUGCUUUACUUAUAUCUAAAAUUCUAUAGAAUGUUAUAGAAUUAAUAGACAUUAAUCUUACACUGAAAAAUUAUUACUUCGAAAUAAAUAUCAGCAUCCAAUGUUAUUAACAUAUCCUGUUUCCUAUUCCACUCUAACUGGAUAAACUAACAUAUUAAUAACUCAAUAGAUGAAUGAAACAAAGGCAGUUUUAACUUUAAUAAAAAAUGAAAUAGAAAGAUUAACUAUAGUAUCCACAUCUAAUGAAGAAUUUCUUUGUUCAAUUAUAUUAACUACUCAAAAUAACUCUAUGUACAAUAGUAUGAAUAAUUAAAAUAUUACACUUAUGAUUUAUAAUCAAAAAUUUGAAAGCACUAAUUUAUACAAAAUAGAUCAUCUAUAAAAUUAUAAUUUUCCAAAUACUGAUUCAACUGUGUUAUAUUCUACAUUAAUAAGAGGACCUGCCACUGUACUGUAACCUAAGAGUGAUAAUAAAAGUAAGAAUUUAUUAUUAUUAUAGAUUAGAUGUUGAAGUCAUAAGCCUUUCUGGCUUUGGAUAUGAAAUGUGGGAGGAUUUAUAUUAAAAUUUUAUUUAGCAUUCUCGUAUCCCUAUUAAAUCAUUUUUAGACAAAGAAUUUAGAACUAUAUUUUUAUAAAUAGAUUAAGUGAAAAUAAUAAUUUAAUAAGAAAUUACUAAUACAAUAUAUUUUACUCAAAAAAUAUAUUCUUUAGAUUGUUCAUCAAUUAAUAUUGUAAAAAAUAUUGUAAGUAUAUCACCAUAUUAUAUAAUAUUUUAUUAAAAAACAACCUAUUAUACUGUAUUGAAGAUAAAUAAAGUAGAAGAAGAUGUUUUUGAGUAUGAAUGUAAAAAUGUUGAAUAUCCACUCUAUGAUUUAGAACAUGAAGUUUUUGUAGAUUUAGAUUAUAUUAAUUUAUUUUUUACUACAAAUAAUACAAUCUAUUAUACUGAUAUCUAUUUUAAUAAUGUAAUUACAAUAGAAAUUGAUCGUAAAUUUAGAUAAUUAAAUUUUCAAUUUUUAAAGAAUGAUAUCAUUUUAGGAAGUCAUUAAAAUAAAUUAUAUUAUAUCUAAUUAACAACUCCUUUAAAAGAAAAUCAUUUUAAAACAUCUAUUGCAGAAAUUGAAUUAGGUUAAAUGACUCAUAAUUUUAAAUUCUUUGUAUUAUAACUUAAAAAACCUAUAUUAACAUUAGUUAUUGUAGAUGAUAGAAUAACAUUAUAUACAAUAGAUAAUUUAUAAGAUAUUAAAUUUGAUUCUUUAUUACCAUAAUUCAAUAGCAUUAUCAAUGCAAAUGAAACAUAAAUAAAUUAUUAUAUGUUAAUAGUACCAACCAAUAAACCUAAUGAAUUGUAUGUAUAUGAUUUGUCAAAGACUGGAUCAGAUAGAUUACAUGCAAUUCACAAAUAUCCAAUUAUAUCUGAACCAAUAACUAUAUGUUAUCCAAAAAUGCAAACUUUUUUAUAUUGUUUGUAAUUUGCAAAUGCUGAUAUAAAUUGUUAUUUUAAUAAAAUGCUUGAAUUUGAAUUAAUUGCUUCUGAUCCAACUAAUAUUGAUAAUUAAUUCUCAGUAGCAAUUAAUGCCUAAUCUGCAUUAAGUUAUAGUGUAUAAAGUAAUUUUAUAAUUAAUACAAUAUAUUUAGAAACCCUUACAAUAAAUGGUAGUUUUAGAUAUUAAGAUACAAUGAUAGAAAAGAGUGUAAAAAGAUUAGAAGAAAUUGAAAUCUACAAGACAAAUUUUACAACAGAAUUAAAAAUUAUGGAUUAUUAUUCUGGUCCUAUUUUUAAUUAUUAAUUGUAAAAUAGUAAAGAUUUCAAUAUAAAAAUGAUCCCAUUUAUUUUAGAAUAAGAUGAUAAUUUAGUUAGAUUUAAGAUUAAUUAAACAAUCUUAGGAACUAGUGUUUCUAAGGAAUAUUUAAUUAUUUUAGGAGAUGAAAAUAUAGGUAUUAUAGAUAUUCCCCAAACUUAAUGUAAUAUUAUCUUAUAAAAUAGAUCAUAAAUAAGUAAUUUAGAGUACAAUAGAUUAUGAAGAGAUUAAAAAUGUAUUUUUUGAUUAAGAUUAACCAACUGUGAAUAAUUGUACUAAAUCCUUUAUUAAUCCAUUAUCAAUUGCAGAAUUAUCAGCUAUUCAUAUAAUAGCAUUAUUUUGUUAAUCUAUGAUGGUGAGAGUCAAUGUUACUAAUUAAAUAAGUUAAUUGAGUUUUACAAUAUUAUCUGAUAAUUAACCAAUAGAAAAAUAGUUUUUAGAGAAUUUCUUCUUUUUAAAUAUAAAUUUUAAAGAUUUUUUAUACUAAAAUUAAAGUUCAUUUAUUUUAGAUGAUGUAAAGAUGAUCAAUUUCCCAAUAUAAUUCAAACCAAAAUAUAAAUUCAUUACUGUAACUGCAAUAGUCAAAAGAAAUAAAAGAUAUGACUUAGAAGAUAAAUCAAGAGAUAAUUUAAUUUGUAUCUUUUAUGGAUACUUAGAUUAGAAUUAGAGUUCAUUAAUGAAUGGAUCACUUUUGGAUGUAAUUGGUGCUUCUAAUUUUAAUAAAAAUACAUUAAUUGUUAAUAAUUUUUAGAUGUAUUGUAUUAAGGGUUGCACCAUAAAAAAUGUUAAUAAUACAUAGAUUGAAACAAUAAUAGAACUAAUAUUCAAUGAUCAAUAUUCAUUUAAUUUAUAUAAAUUAAAGAUAAGUUUCAUAUACAUAACAAAUAAGUAACCAUAAUAUAAAUUGAUAAAUGUGGAAAUUAUAAAUAUAAAAGAAUUAAGUAAAUUUAUAAUUAUAUUUAUUUAGUGAGUAAUUUUGUUCAGAAUUAUAUUGAAUUUACAUAUAUUGAUACUGAAGUUCAAUUUUAGAAUGAAUCUACUUAUACAAUUAAUGUUACAACAGAUUCUCUUAGUUUUGAUUUAGUUUAAAUUUAAGGUAGAAUUGAGAUUGAAUAGAUUUUCAAGUAAUAAUUAAUUUAAAAUAGAUAAUACACUUAAUGUUAAAGUCCACCAGGAUCAUUAAAAGCAUCCUACAAUGAAUAUUUUGCUAUUAGUUGUAGAAAUGCAUCUAGAAACUAUUCUGAAUAAACUUAAUUUGUUAAAUUAUUUAUAAGGGGACAAUAUUAAAUAAAUCAUUCAGUGAAGUCUGUUAUCCAAGCUGCUUAGAUAUAAGGAAAUUUAAUGUUAUUAGACAUACAAAAAGGAUAUUUAAAUGAACAUGUUAGAAUGUUAAUAUUAGAAUAAGAUAAUAAUUAAUAAGAUUUUUAAUUAAGAUGGUUUCAUCUCAAUGAUCAAUUUACAUUAAUAGUAAUUUGAAUCAUUAAUAAAUUAUAGGCUGAUUAGAAUAAUACUCCUAAAACUAUAUUGAAUGUUUAAUUGUGUCCUAGUAAUUUAAAUGAAAUUCAAGGUUUAUGUAUGGAUAUCAUUAUUUCAAAUACAGGAUAUCAUCAUUAUAUAACAAUGGAAUGGUUAUUAUUUAUAUUUCUAAUUGGUUUACCAUUGUUAAUAAGUUGUAGUUUUAUAAUAUUUUGCAUUAUUAAUUAUAAGGCAGAGAAGUAAAAAAGAGUAGAAUCUUUUGGAAUGAAUCUUGAACAUUAACUUAAGAAAUAGUCAUCUCACUUAUAAUCAAGAAUGGAAAAUACUGUCUAUUGA